UGGCUAACGACGACAAAACAAAAUGGUUUCCGUUCGUCGAAUUUUGACGUUUUAUUCUCGAUUUAGUUGCUUUUUCUCUUUUAUUCUGCUCGGUUAUGGCCUUACAUCUGAAAAUGGUGGAUCAGACAUUGGCUCUACUACUCCAAAAACCACACAGAAGGACAAAGAAGGAGGGUUAAGUGAUGCAGAGACAAACAAGACAAUUACUGAUAAUUCUGGUACUGGUGGUAGCACAGGAGCGACUCCACCCCUUGACACAAGAACUAAUCCAACUCUAGACGAUACCAAUUUCACUGACGCUAAUGCAGUGUGCCCAACAAAUGCAGAGUGUAGUAAACUUGGUGGUUAUUGCAUAGACUGUCAGUUUGAUCCAAAUUGCCAUUAUGGAAAGGAGGUCUCAGUAAGGUGCUCCGUGAAGACUGGGAUUGAGUGUGAGGGAUCAAGAUCUUUUGAUAAGAAGAUGGUGUGUCGUUAUUGUUAUCAGACCGAAAAAGAGGAAUAUAAAUGUACUAGAAACAACACAUGCAGAGUUAUAACGGCACCAAAAUCAUAUUAUUUGGCAAAUUGUACAGUAAAAGAUGACAUCAUUUGCAUGGGGCGAAGACAGUUUUAUAAAAAUGUGCCAUGCAAUUGGACGAGGGGUUAUCGUUGGUCAACUUCUUUGUUACUAAGCAUUACAUUAGGUGGUUUUGGUGUUGAUCGCUUCUACCUUGGACUCUGGCGAGGGGGCAUUGGAAAAUUAUUCAGUUUUGGAGGCCUUGGUGUGUGGACAAUUGUUGACGUUGUGUUGAUAGCGACAGGAUAUGUUGGACCAGCUGAUGGAUCAGUGUACAUUUACUAGAAAAGUUAACAAAUAAUUGCAACAUUUCAUAUGUUUUCAUGUUUCCUCUUGAAUAUCAGUGCAAUAGUCCGGUAGUGCAAGUCAUAGUAAUGCCAUACAAGUAUGUCGUUAUUAGAAAUGGAUAACCGACGUAAUAAGUUCUAAGUAUUUUUUCCAUUGUUUGGUCUUGAUUGAUAUAAAGAUUGUGCCUCCAUUUGGGGCCAGGCGUAUUGCAAGACUAAGUGUUGACUCCUGAGUAGGAGGAGUACAGGAUUUACAUUGACCGCUGCGCUGGGCAAAACAUGCAAAAAACUGACACAUUUUUGUUUGUAUGUACAGUGGAACCCCGGUUGGCGACCACCUCAGUAACGCGACCACCCCGCCAACGCGACCACGAUUCUCCGGUCCCGAAUGGUUUCCUCUCUAAUUACCAUUAAGAGACCCCCGCUAAGACGACCACCCCGGUACCCCGACCGCGACCACUGGCUUGGCCGGUCCCAAACUGAAAAUCAACCCCGCUAACCCGACCACCAGGCCUAAUUGCCGUAAUCGGUCGCACCUCGCUGCCAAGCUUUGUUGAGACGGGGACAAUGGCCAUGGGAAUACAUAUGAAAACAAAAAAUACAAUGUGAUUUUGCAGGUAUGAUCAAUUGUAUAAGUGUAAAUGAAUAAAUAAACUUUCCUUUUCUAACGUUUUCAUGGUUUGUUUUCAUCAAUGAGCCAGUUCAGUACCAGACAUGCGCACUCAGCAGCAGCAAAAUCAUGUGAUUUGCGUGAUUUGCAUAUGAACUUAUAAUAAACGGCGGGUAGUUUGAAGACCACACUUAUGAAAAUAACAAGCUUGCGAGACGUUUGAAUGUUUUAUGAUAUGGAGAACUUGGUUGAUUUACUACAGUAUCAUUUUAUAUUUCUUUAAAUAUUUUGACUGAAAAUAGAUUUGAUUAAAACUGUAGCAUUACUCAACUCAUCAUUCACGUGGAAUCAUACGACAAGUUUACUUCAAUCGUCACAAACAGUCGGGUACAUGGAGGAUGAUUCACCAAAUUGCCCGCAAAUGCGUCACGUCGGGCAGAUAAUGAAACUUUGUGGCUAAAAUGAGUUACAAAAUUACCUUUUCUAACUCAUUCUGAGAAUGUAACAUGUAAUUUUAUCGACGAACUGUUCUUGCGAGGCAUGGUAACAAAACUUUGGAGCGUGCAUCAUCUCAAUCAGGCAGCGUUGCUAUGGUAGUACAGCGUACACACGCCAUGCAGUCGGCAAUUGUGGCGGGAAAAAUAAUCAUGUAUUUCGUCUGGGGAUUCCCAACCUCGCUAACACGACCACCCCGGUAACGCGACCACUCCGACCACGGUCCCAUGAGUGGUCGUGUUACCGGGGUUCCACUGUACAUGUAUUUGACACUCAGUGAUUUUUACUUUUUGUACAGUUAACUCCUCAUUAUCAUGCGUUUGGUACAUCCACUUCAUCAGACUUGUUUGAAUUUUGUAAAUAAAUUGUCAUUGUUAAUAAAUAAUUUCAUAAAAUUUA